AUGUUGGCCUCUUCUUCUAGAGAGGCCGGCCACAGCUCUGAAUUGGGCCAAACCAAGAAACCAGAUCCCAUCUCAACCUCAACCGCACCGAAGCUGUCCUCGCCGUUUCCCUCUCCAACCGAAGCGAAACGGCCGGCGUCAAUCAAAAUGGUCCCAUCGACAGAUGUGAACGAUGAUCACCAGGAUCCUCAAACUCCACAGCCGGCCAAGGAUGCCUAUUCUACUUCCCAAAGCAAGGAGAACUUACGUUCCUCCUCCACCCAGCGCGGUUCGCCGAAAGAGGGGCUAUCCCUAAACACUCGACCGCCCAACAAGUCCAACGAGGACAAUCCGACUUCUGCGGCUCGUCCUAAACAUCAGUCUUCCGCUGCGGGGUUUUCUCCCCCUUCUCGUGCUCCCAGUGUUCAAUUCCGAGAAACUGAUACCGAAAACGCUGAAUUGCCCCAGUCCCGACCACAAUCCCGGCCUACUUCUUUGUACGGUGACGAUGGAGAACAGACAGCCAGAGGAAGGUCAUUUAUUACCAAACUGAAGUCGUCCUUUACAUCACACUCGCGCUCCGCUAGUGGAGGUGCAGUCCCGGAAUUUCGGCAACCCCCUCCAGAGCUGGCGACCCCAGGCUCUGAACGGGGUGAAUUUCGGUUUCCCGAACCAUUGCCCGAAGAGGGCAGCGACAUCGAGGCAGAUGCGGAGGAGAGUGGCGCGGAACAAACUGAUCGCCCCAAAAGAAAGAAGGUACCACGACGCCCUCGAGCAGAGGAAGAGGAUUCAAAUAAUCGAACGGCACCCACUACGCCGAAAGCUGGCCGUCGACCCUCCUUCCACUUUGCCUCAUCUUUUGCGCCGUUUGAGAACUAUCGGCAAAACAUCUUCCCACGGAGAGCUAGUACAACUGACUUUACUCCGCAACCACGGGAAGGUGUAUCCGAAGACGAGGGCCGUGAGAGGCUCAAUCGAAGAAAAAGGAGUGCAUGGGCUGGGGGCCGUGGCAUGUCUUAUAUUGGCCGGCAACCAGAAGAGAACCAAGACGAACAGCGGCCAAGUCACCUUAGACGGCUUACCGGUCUGGCCGGUCCCUCGGAUAAUGCCGAAAGCCUUGCGGCCACUUGGAGACGCCAUCGAAAUGAACGCGGCACCAGCGCCAGCGCCCAAAGAUGGAAACAGAUCAAAGCUGGUUUCAAGCUGAUCGGGCAGCGGCGCAAGGUCGAUAAUACGGUGGACAAUAAGAAGUCGGCAGAGUUGCUUGCUGAGUUAGCUUCGGCCGUACCAGCUGCCCUGAUCUUGGCUAGUUUUUUCCAACGAGACGAACACGGAAGCAAACGAAUUCCGAUUCUCUUGGAACAACUGAAAGUCCGUGUGACAGAUAGUCGCAUCGAUUCCCACUCUGGCGAUCGUCAUCUGGUCUUCCGCAUCGAAUUGGAGUACGGCAGUGGCAUGACUCGAAUGAAGUGGAUCAUCUUUCGAACCUUGAGAGAUUUUGCCAAUCUGCAUUUGAAAUACAAACUUCAUCUUGGGACACAGAAGUACAUUCAGCUGCGUACCAGUGAGAACAGUCCUAGUCUUCCUCGUUUCCCCAGGAGUGCAUUCCCGUAUUUGCGGGGUGUUAGAGGAUUAGAAAGUGAGUUCGAGGACGAAGAUGAAGACGGGGGCUAUGAGACUGGACCGGAGCCGAUGAGUGGGACUGAGAGAGCAGGAAAAAAGAAAAAGCAGACCCAGCAACAUCAACGCCGCCCGUCUGGUCCUCUCGCCCGUCGAAAGUCCAGUAUUACGAACCCCCAGGAAGGGGAAUCCGUUGUAGCCCCUUCAUCUACACAUGAAGGAGUCCAAGGUGGCAAAAGGGAAACAUACCCUGAAAGGCAACGCAAGAAACUCGAGAUGUACUUGCAGAAGAUGAUCCGUUUCUUGAUCUUCCGGGCUGAUAGCAAUCGUUUAUGCAAGUUCCUUGAGUUGUCCGCUCUAGGAGUUCGUCUCGCCGCUGAAGGCAGCUACCAUGGCAAAGAGGGAUUCCUGAUCAUCCAGUCAUCGAAGGGCUUAGACUUCCGGAGAGCCCUGAACCCAUCUCUCAUUAAGAAGCGACACUGGCCUAAGUGGUUCCUUGUCCGACACAGCUACGUGGUUUGUGUGGAUUCACCCGAGGAGAUGAACAUUUAUGAUGUUUUCCUUGUGGACUCGCAUUUCAAAAUUCAAACUCCAAAGAUCAGCCUCCGUAAUCAAAAAGCGAAGGACCUAGCCAAAUCUGCAAAGCAAUCUGCGAGACACCCUCAGCACCAUACAUUAAGACUUGAAAACUCAGAACGCAAACUGAAACUGCUUGCACGAAAUGAACGCCAACUCCAGCAGUUCGAAGACUCCAUUCGAUUCAUGGCUCAAAAUACGCCUUGGAUGCGUCCUAAUCGAUUUGACAGCUUUGCUCCAGUGCGGCAGAAGUGCUUUGCGCAGUGGCUCGUCGAUGCCCGGGAUCACAUGUGGGUUGUUUCGAGAGCAAUCAACCAGGCUAAAGAUGUGAUUUAUAUCCAUGACUGGUGGUUGAGCCCAGAAUUGUAUAUGCGUCGACCAGCUGCCAUCAGCCAAAAGUGGCGAUUGGAUCGUCUCCUACAGCAAAAAGCUCGUGAAGGCGUCAAGAUCUUCGUUAUCAUGUACCGAAACAUCAACUCCGCCAUCCCGAUUGACUCUGAAUACUCGAAGUUUUCUCUUCUUGAAUUGCACCCCAAUAUUUUUGUGCAAAGGUCUCCGAAUCAAUUCCGCCAGAACACAUUCUUCUGGGCCCACCAUGAAAAGCUGUGUCUUAUCGAUCAUACGCUGGCUUUCGUCGGGGGUAUUGAUCUGUGCUUCGGGCGUUGGGAUACGCCUCAGCACAAACUGACCGAUGACAAGCCUACCGGCUUUGAAACUGCAGACAUGCACAAAGAUGCAGACAACUGCCAAUUAUGGCCCGGUAAAGAUUAUUCGAAUCCACGAAUUCAGGAUUUCUAUGAUCUAGAUAAGCCAUACGAGGAAAUGUAUGAUCGAAACGUUGUCCCCAGAAUGCCUUGGCAUGAUAUCUCGAUGCAUGUGGUUGGCCAGCCCGCUCGUGAUCUCACCCGGCACUUUGUCCAGCGCUGGAAUUAUAUCCUGCGCCAGCGGAAACCAACACGUCCCACGCCGUUCCUCCUACCUCCUCCAGAUUUCAACCCUGCUGACUUGGAGGCAUUGGGUCUGGAUGGAACAUGUGAAGUGCAAAUACUACGUUCCAGCAGCAUGUGGUCCACAGGUACUCCGGAUGUCACCGAACAUAGCAUUAUGAACGCCUACGUCAAGCUGAUCGAGGAAUCCGAGCACUUUGUUUAUAUUGAGAAUCAGUUCUUUAUUAGUACUUGCGAAAUCGAGGGUCGAAAGAUUGAGAACCUGAUUGGUGAUGCCUUGGUGGAACGAAUUGUUCGCGCAGCGAAGAAUGAGGAAGCAUGGCGCGCUGUGAUCGUCAUUCCAUUGAUGCCGGGUUUCCAAAACACUGUGGACAGUGAGGGCGGAACUAGUGUACGUCUGAUCAUGCAAUGUCAAUAUCGCAGCAUAUGUCGCGGUGAGACAUCAAUCUUCGGUCGUCUUCGUGCACUGGGUAUCGAGCCGGAAGAUUUUAUUCAAUUUUUCAGCCUGCGAACCUGGGGCAAAAUCGGGCCGCAGAAGCAGGUGGUGACCGAACAGCUCUAUAUCCAUGCCAAGUGCAUGGUCGUCGAUGAUCGUGCCGCCAUUAUUGGAUCAGCAAACAUCAACGAACGUUCCAUGCUGGGCUCUCGUGAUUCGGAGGUUGCAUCCGUGGUCCGUGAUACCGAUAUGAUCAUGUCCACUAUGAACGGCAAACCAUACCUCGUUGGUCGAUUCCCCCACACUCUUCGCAUGCGGUUAAUGCGGGAGCAUCUUGGGAUUGACGUUGACGAGCUUCUGGAGCAUGACUUUGCAACUGAGGAGGAGCUACGCAAGAUUCAGGACGCCGAGGAGGAUAGCAGGCCAGCCGGUGAACGGCAGCAACGAGAUUCAGAAUCGUCAGUCAUUGAGCGGCAAGAUGAGCGAGAGAUGAUUGAGCGCAGGCACCGUGUUCAAGAUGAAUUUUUAUCCCGGUCAGAAGACAUGCACAGCUUCAAUCAUGAUGUCGACUGGGAGCAGGGCAACAAUCCAAAUCUGAAGAGCAACCGGAGGUUGACUACCGAUCCCCGUGUUACAGAUAACUCCGAACAUCGAAAGGAUGUAGACGGUGAGGGUAUUGAUAACUUGAAAGCUGCCGAGAAAGCAGGUCGGGGAAUUGGUCGUGACUCACAAAUGUCACCUGUUGGCAGAGAGUCUCUUGUCUCUCCAAUUCAUUCAGAGGGCAAAGGUACCAUCAAACAGCCAAAGCCGUCUUGGGCCAAGUCAACCCGCAAGGAUGUCAAGCUCGAGUCUUCAACAGAACUUCCUCGUGACUCUGAGGCCAAUACCAACUCAGAUACCCUGUCGCAUGGCCAUGGCGUCUCUGAGCCAUCAAGUCGCGACUCAGAAUCCGGUCUUGGUAACCUGAUGUCCAAGGACAACCAUGAUCAUUCCCGAUACGGCCAUUCUUCCGAACCAGAGCUAAAGCGAGUGUUCAUUGACAAGGACUGUAUGAAAGACCCGGUGAAUGAUGCGUUUUACUUGGAUACUUGGCAGGCCGUUGCCGAAAAGAACACGAAGAUUUACCGAUCUGUCUUCCGGUGUAUGCCUGAUAGCGAGGUGAAGAAUUGGAAAGAGUACAAGGAAUAUGCUGCUUACGGUGAGCGCUUCGCCGAGAUGCAAAGUCAACCGAGCAAGGCCUUCAAUCCGCCUGCUCAGCGACAGACCGGUCCCACUGGAGGUAACUGCUCGGCCUCUGCACCACUUGGCUCGCCGAUCUCUUUCGUCAGCCCCAAGACUGACGUACCUGUCGUUGAGACAAACACCUCACAAAAAUCUGAUGAAAAGAUUGGAUUGCAGACGGGACAUGGUUCCAAAAAUCAGGGCGAUCGAUCGCAGUCUGAACACGCAAGGCAAGAAACCUUGUCCUCCAUUGACGAGAAGUCUUGCCUCAAGACUGCAUCCGAUCCACACCUGUUGAGAACCGUACUAAAUGGGAAUGAUGAUAACCCCAUUGCUGGAGAGGACGCUGAGAAGCCCCGCUCUAAUUCAGCGCAUGUCGACUACUCCGAGGCAGUGAAUCUCAAUGCCUCUCAAUCACGGAGACGCAGACGAAGAGCAACGACCAUUGGCUCCAAACAAUUCCAUGCUUCGGAUGACGUGAUGGACAAGCAGUGUGCAGAGGAUCUGCUGAACAAAACUCAAGGUCAUCUUAUCCUUUGGCCCUAUGAUUGGCUCGAAAAAGAAGAACAAGGUGGCAAUUGGCUCUACGCUUUGGACCAAAUCUCCCCCUUAGAAAUUUACAACUAA